AUGGCUGACAACCACUCCCCAUACGACCCCGAUCCGCGACAGGGACGCGGCGGAGACAGGAGGACGCAAGCCCUGCAAGCGGAAAUCGACGACACCGUCAAUGUCAUGCACGAUAACAUCCAGAAGGUCAGGGAGCGCGGUGAGAACUUGGAUCACCUGCAGACCAAGACCGACAACCUGGCCAACCAGGCCCAUGGCUUCCGCCGCGGCGCCAACAGAGUGCGGAAGCAGAUGUGGUGGAAGGAUAUGAAGAUGCGCAUGUGCUUGAUCGCAGGCGUCAUCAUCCUGCUCCUGAUUAUCAUUAUACCGAUCGUGGUCACCCAAACUGGCGGCAGAUAG